UGCGAAUCAGUGAAAAUGGCGCCGAGUGCCUCUAAAGUUUUCUCAGCCAAGCAUAUGACCGAUGUGCUGAAGGAGAUAGAUGAGAAGGUACGGCUGAUUGUCUACUGUACGCGGGAGCAAGGUGCCAAGGUGCAGCAGGAAGUGGGAAGUCUGCUGCAGAAGUAUCUGAAACUACUGAGCAAAGUUCUUGGCCAAUGCAAGGACCUCAAGAACUUUACCAAGAUGUCACAGGGGAUCCUCGAGGGCAAUGAAGAAAUCCUCCACCUUGUGCUGAACGGCUCAGUCCAAGAGUUCCUGGAAGACAUUCGGAUGCAGCACUACCUGCCCAACUUCGAGAGCAAAGAUCUCCGUAGUGCCUCACAGCUGCUGAAGAGCAACUUUGACAUUGAGAAGGUUGCGCUGCCUGUUGAAUCUGCCAAAGAAGAAAUUCAGGACAAAAUUGCAGAUCUUCGAAAGGACCUCAGCACGAUAAAAGAUCGCCUUCAAGAGGUAAAAGUACAGGGAAAGGAGUGCUGCGAGUCCUCCAAGGAGAUCACUGAGAAUUUCGACACAUUUACGGAUGAAAUCAAGAACACCCUGGAGGAAAUCGACCGUGUUUUAAGCUGGCAUCGUUCCAAAGAAGGAGCAGUGUGUGUGGCAGCCUUUACGGCAAUAGGGCUGGCCAUCUUGCUCUUGGCUACAUGUACAGGAGGCGCUGUGGCUUGUGUCUGUGCAAAAUUUGGGGUUGCUGAUAUUGUCGUUCCUGUUGGGGCAACAGAAGCUCUUGUUGGUUGUGGCAUCGGUGGUGGGGUUGCAGGAGCAGCAGGAUAUGGUAUUCAUCAGCUGAAAAAAGAAAUGGAGAAAAUUGGUCAAGCUCUUGAGAAGCUGCAAGGACAGCUCAACGAAAUGACCCUUGAGGCAAGCAAGCAGAAGACCGCAUGGGAAGAGAUCAACAUCCAGGCAGGAAGUGUCAUGAAGCACAUUGACAACACGGUGGAAGGAAAUGCAGACCACCCGGAACCAAGCAGCAAACAGCCUCUGAAACGCCUGCUGAAUGGAAUACAGAGUGUGCGUGCGGAAGUUGUAGACCUCUGGGCUGAUGUUAUGCAGUUCGAAGGAGACGCAAAACGCACCCUGGGCAAUCUACAGCGCCUUUCCCUGAUAAAAAAACAUGAUGUUGUGCCCGCAGACCUGUCAUCUCCUUUGCAGAACGUCCAUAAGAUCGCAGAAGGUCUCCUGAAAACAACGAAGACUGAACGUGGCCACGAUGUGACAAUGUGCACCGAACACAUAACAGCAUCGCUGAUAGCGGGGUGAACAACAGCAGCAACAACAAAACCGUAUGAUUUAAUCUGUUCUUGUAUGUGAUCAUCAAAUGUAUCAAAGUGUUUUGCUGUAAGAUGUAUUUCUAUCAAUUUUCCCUUAACCCUUUCUAGGUUUGAAUGAGAGUUUUAUUUUGUUCUUGUCAGUUGCAAAAGUGAAAUUUCAAACCAAAUUACAAUAGUGAUUGUUUGCUGCUAUAAACGACCCUAACCAAUCAGAAGGAGAAAUACACAUGCCCGGAUAUUGAAAAGUCAGGAAACAUACCCACCUGCAGAGGUGGAAUGAGAGUACAGUACUAAUAGUACAUGUAUAUUUGAAAAAACAUUUGACAUGCUAAGCCAGCAAUGUUGCAGAAUAUUGUUUGUAGCAAUUUUGGCUUCAGAAUGUCUAUCUACUUAUGUAACAAAAGCACAAAGGUAUUAGUAAAUUUGUAUUUACAUGCAUGAUUGUGUAGAGUCAGGCAGGAAUUUGUAUCUUUUAUAUAUUGUCAGUUUUGAUAGGCCACAAAAUGUAUGGGAAUAGGUUAAUGACCCACCUAUUCCUUGGUGUGUCCUCAAACCUCAAUGCUUAUACAAGUGACUGAAUAAUCCAAUGAAUGAUCAAAGUUAACAAGUUGGUUUUAUGAGGUGGUUAUAGUAAAUGACCAGGCUUAUAUAUGACACCAUAUACACCUUCGGGUGGUCAUUGACCCUUGAUUAUACAACUCUAUAUGGGUGCAUUAUUGGCCAAUCAUACUUAUGAUAUCAUGGCAGUACAGCCAACAGGAAUGCAGGCUUGUGAUUGGUUUCCAAAGUCUGGCAAUUUCAUAAUAUUUCUUGGCAUCGAUGCCAAUAGGGCAGCGGCCGAUGCAAGUAACUAGACGUUACUUGCGAAACUGAAAGUUAACUAGACUGGAUUCCAGGCUAAAGAAAAAGCCGAACUCUCAUAAUUAUGAUAAAUUAGAAAGGAAUAUUUUCAAUCAUUGGAAAUAAUAUCCAGAACAAAGGGGAAAAAACAGGACAGGUCAAAAUACUAUAAAAAUCUACCAGUUUUGAAAAAUCUCAAAGCUUUGGUUUCACACAUAUAUAGCAAUCGCACAAGUCUUGUACUAAGAUGAGCCCUCAAUGUCCUGUACAAUGAUUUGCGGUUAUACUUGGAUGGGUCAUUA